AUAGUGAGAGUGAAUGUAAUAAAUUGAAAUGCGUGACGCGAAAUAGAGCUUCAUCGACCAUUCGGGCGAACGACCGAGCAAUGCAGGGAAGGCCCACAUGAAUGAAAUUAGCUGCGAGUCGCCCGGAACACGCUACGUCGUGAAGCAAGCACCAAGCUGCUCUCAGUUUACGAAUAACUCAUCGACGAGACGCAUGUCGAAUUUCGCGUUGUUGUGACCGUGAAUUAAGUGUUGUGGUAUAACAUAACAGCAAAUUGUUUUGUGCCGUGUUAGUGUAGUGCAACUGUGGCCGAGGCUUUCAAAUCUGUUGUGAUGCAUUUAAGAAUAUACAUAUGGCUCUUUUGUGUGGCCCUCGCUGGAAAUGUACGAGCUACAGAGGACGUUGCAGCCGUCGUUCAUCCAACGGAGAUCGAAGUCCACAUACAGCACGACGGUCCUCUCGCUUCUGACAAGGACCUGUUCAUCGAUGAUGACGGCUCCGGCUUAGAAGUCGACGAGAGCUCGGGUUCCGGUUUCGGACCCGGUCCUGACGACGAGGACGGGCGUGGUUCAGGUGACGCUCCCUACGCGCCUGAAGAUGACGAGGAUUACGCACGCCCACGCACUUCAACCACAACAGAGGCUCCGAAAUUCGACGGAGAAUAUCCAGUCCCGGAUAUAUACAGUCCGAUUUCGACACCCGAGCCUGUUUACCCACAACCAGUAGACAAGCUGUUCGAUAUAGUCAGUCCGAGGAUAUUGUUUGGCGGCCCAGGAGAAGUAGACCCACGCGGUGCUGGCGUGGAUCUUCCCUCGCAUCCAGAUUCUGGAGAUAUCAAUUUAUCUGGAGAUAUUAUUGAUCAGAGUCCAGAGGGCUCGAACCUGGAGCCUCAGCAGCGCCCGGCUGACAACGGCGUGCUCAUCAUGGACCCGGCUCACGAAGAUCGCGCGGCAAGUUUUUUCUCGCAGCCCGGCAUACUUGCCGCGGUUAUCGGUGGAGCAGUGGUGGGACUCCUCUGCGCUAUACUAGUAGUAAUGUUUAUAGUCUACCGCAUGAGAAAGAAGGACGAGGGCUCGUAUGCUCUGGAUGAGCCCAAGAGGAGUCCAGCGGCCGCCUCGUACGGAAAGGGUCACAACAACCGCGAAUUCUACGCGUGAGAAGACACAGAACAAACGAUGCCACCAUUACAAAUGUCAGACACUCAAAAUGGCCUCACGUCAUUUUGAUACAAUAUUUAGUUUCGACUCUGAUGAGAUCCGUUAUACGAUUAUUUUUCGAACGUGGCUAAAUUUGUUCUGUGUAAACACUAUAUUUGUACUCAUUGUACUUGUGUGUACAGUCAUUGUACAUUCAUUUGUUGUUUGUCGAAUCAAUGUUUUAAGUAAAUUAUUGUUUCAUAAGACCAAUUCGGUAAACGCGUAUUUCGCCUUGAGACCAAUGUUUUUGGAGUGUAAUUGAAUCUGAAUGGAAACACUUGUACUAUUUCUAAGAAUGUGCCAUUCUCUUACCAUUCUAUUGUACAUUUCCUACUCGUAGUUCUCUCUAUAGUCUACGUCCAUAUCCCAUUUUAAAUAAAUAAACUAAAUAUCAAUCUAUGUAUAUAAAUAUUAGAUCUUAAUGUGUAUCUGUUUAAAAUCCUAGUAAAUGCUUUAUGAAAUAAUUAUUGAUACCUACUCAUAUGAUAAAUUAGUAAAUGUAAUAUGAUAUCAAUUAAACUAACUCUAUAACUAACAUUGAAUUUACUUUUUUUUAUAUUUGUGUAAGUAGAACUCCUAAAAGUUGUUUCGCUUAAAGAAACUUAUAUAGAGUUUGCAUCGAAGCUUUUCAUUUUUAUACAUAAACGGUUUAUUCUUAUAUAAUUAUUUCGCUUGAAUGCUCCUCUAGUGUAAUUAUAUUUUAUUAAUACUUUUAUGUAUUGACAGGUUUUCUCAUAAAUUGACUCUUCUUCAUAUGUCACUAGCUAAAUAUAAAAUUGGUAGUGUUUUGUUUUAGUGUAUGUAAAAGGGCCUACAUCGCUUAGUAUAAAGUUUUGUAUGGCAGGAGGUACACUCAAUAUAUGGAUUUUAAUGGAUAGGUCGGUCGGAUCAAAUGAUUAUUAAUAUCAAAAUUCAAACAGAUGCAACUUGAUUGUAUAAAAAAGAAAAUUGCUAAGUCUCUUUUAUCAUAACUUGUCAAAUUGCUAUGUGUUAAAAAAUUUAAAGUUGAAUAAAUUAUGAAUGUUUUUUUAAGAUUUCUAAAUGUACCUACAAUAUUUACAUUUUAUUAAAAUAAAAGUAUGAAGUAUAACAUACUCAGACAUGGCCCCCUAUUCAGCCUUUGACCCUAAUAUAUUCUAAAUUCUCUUUACAUCUAGUUUUUUACGAUAUUUUACGUUUUUUUUUUUAGUUUUAAGAAUAACAAUUAUGUUAACUUUGGCUAUGAUUUAUUGAAUAUUGUUUAAGAAUUUUAUAUUUCGCCUUAUUUUUAAUGAUUUACAAAAAAUUUUUAAAACAAUUUUUACCUUUAAAUGAAUUCCUUUCAGGUUCUGAUUUGAAUACUGUUUAAGCAUAUUAUUAUGUAAAAAUAUUUGGUUUCAUAAAUAAGGCAUCUGUUGUAUUAUAAUGAUUAUUAUAUUUAAUAAACAUCAGGUUGUGCGUUCCAGUCUAAUCUAUACCUUGUGCCAUCUCACAAUAAAGCCUAUUUUUGCUUCGAUUUCUAAUUGAAUUUCGGCAGCCAGUUUUAAGUCAAUUAAUUUAUUGUGAAUAUUUAAUUUACUGUAAGCAGUUCUAUAUUUAUUUGUCUAGUGGAUAUUUUACGAGAAAAUAUUAUAGGAUCUACUAGCAUUAUAGGAAUAAAGUUUAUCUAAUUAUAAUUCACGCAGCACGACUAACAUAUUGAAUUUAUUCAGUAAUGAUUUCAUCUGGGUUCAAGUUAGGUAACAUAUUUGGCUGAGCUAAGUGACUUACUAUACACAAACAUAUUAUACUUAUCAUGCAAAGGAAUGAAAGUUGAUAAGUUUCUAAAUAUUGAAGUGAAAACUUUCUUUAGCGGCGUUGAGCACUUUUCUUGAGAUGGGUAUAAAAUGUUAAACUCGCGUCAGGACACGUGGCCUGAUCGAAAAUUCGUAAGGCGGAGGGACUCGAGUCUUUUCUGACAAUUAUAAACUAUAUAUAAUAUAAUUACGAAAAUAUAUUUUGGAAGCUGAAUUAUGUAAUAUAAAUUUUUACUUUUGUGUAGGAAUAUAAAUGAAUAUUGUAUUUAACCACAAAAAUGCUAGUACUUUUAUUCUGAUAAAUAAAACAAUUCGUGCGAAAUUAUUCCCUAAUCAUUCCAAAAUAUUCAAAAAUGCACAACGUUAAUGAUCAAGUUUUCACUUGCAAUGCAACGCGUUAAUUUUUUUUUUUUUCAACAAGAUGUUUGAAAUAAUUGAUUUUGUGAAGCUCUAUAGCCUAUAUUUAAUUAUAAAUUCAAUCGAUUAUUGAUGUAUAAUAAAUUUGACCCAAAAUGAAACCAAUAUUUGAGUAAAACAAUAGGAAUACAUUCCCUCGAAUCAGUAAAAGAUUUACAACGCUCACUUAGAAUAAGAAGUGUAUAUUGUAAUUGUAAAGUCUUUUAGAACUAAUGAAGUUAUUUAUAAAUAGUCGUAAAUAUCAACCAAAUAAAUAUACUAAAGGUUAAUCUCUCUUUCAUUGUAGUUAUUAUCUUGAGGUGGGUACUAUAGUCAGCCCUGAAUUAGCUUAAAACCACAGUACAGAAAAAUGAUUCGACUCUCGAUACAUUGCCAGCAUAUUCGGCCUAUCUCAUGCUACAUUGAAAAUAAUAAUGACGUCAUUUAAUAGUAAGAUUUUAAUUUCUAGUACUCACCUUUUUACCUAGUUGUAUUUUUGUAAAUUUGAAUCAAAUAUUCAUCUCUUUAAUGAUUCAUUUAUAUAAAUAAAAUUAGGAAUUCUACAUAAUAUAUGUAUCUUAGAUCGAAAUAAUAUAAUAUAUGUGGUUUUAUCGAAGUACUAUAUUCUUAAGUCAUAUAUUGUAUUAAAUAAAAUUACUUCCUUUAUCUUUUAAAUAAAUAAUAAAGUUUAAGUUUUUUUUUGCAUAAUCUAAUCCGUUUUAAAUAUUAUACAUUGUCAACUUGUCUAAAAAUUACAACGGUCUAAGUACCUACAUUAUAUUUUUCGAAACGACAUUUAGACCUAUUUUCGUUUUUAAGCCACUUAGAUAUUUAUUGGUAUAUAAAUAUUUGGCAAUGUUUUCAUUUAUUACUCUGAAAUCAGGCUCUCGUGGCCUCAUUAAGUUACACUUUGCUUAAUUAAAACGAUAUGUUUACUUCUAAUACUUGCCAACGAAAUAAUUUCAAACGAUGCAGCUCCGCGUAGCUAAUUAAAAAUAUUAAGACCAUUUGCUAGUUUUCAUAAGGAAAAAUACAAUAUGCGUCUUACAUUUGUAAAAUCCUUAUUUCAUUUAAAAACUGAUUUUUUUAAUAAAACAAGAUAUAUUUAUAUGCCUUUUUAUGUAAUCAUUAGGUACUGUUCAGACGUCUUUGAACAACAAAUAAGUGUUUAAGUCUUGUUUAGAACUCUGAGAGAGAAACAUUCACUUUUUGUUGAAAUAUUUUAGAGGAUCUUUGAAAGUUUUUUACUAUCUAUAUUGAAAUAUAUAUAAACAUUCUUUAUUAUUUCAUUCUAUAAGUCAUAACACAGUUAUUGAACAUUGUCACUACUGACAGAUAUUACGUAGAAAGGCAUAUUCUUAUAAUCUUAGACUAAUUGUUUGCUAUAGUUACUCUCUAAGCCUAGUUAAGUUAUCGUUUAUUGUUCCAAUGUCCACCUUGUAAAUACACUCCUUUACACUUAGGUUAUUAUACAGGUGAAUUAUAGAA